CCCCCUUUUUUUUUUCGCGAACUCGACGAACGGUGAUGGUUGUUGUUGGUCCGCGGGCGCGUCGGUUGGCGGACGAAAGUUAGCUGCAGACGAAAUCCGUCCAACCCGGUCUUUUUUUUGUCUGGGUCGUCCUCGCGGACGCCAGGGAGCAAGCAACCAAGCAACGCAAGCAAGCAGGCAAGCAGGCAGGUAGGCAGGCAAGGCAAGCAAGCAAGCAGGCAAAGCAGAUCGAUCGAUCUGAUCUCGGCUGCCGAGCCUGCAUCGGCGGCGGUAAUCUGCUGCUGCUGCUGCUGCUGCUGCUGUACUGUCCCCCCUUCCCCUUCCCCCCUCCUCCUCCUCCUUCUGCCCCCGUAGGUAGGACAGAGUGGAUGGCGAGAAGGAGAACGACACGCGCCUCGCUUGCAUGUCGAGCACGGCUAGGGUUACAUGGAGGCAGUUAUGAUCUGAUCGCCACGGCCCUCUCUGCUUUUUUCUUUUUUUUUCUUUUCCCUCGUUCUUCCUUGGGGGGGACGCCACCGACUACUUCUAGCGAGACGAUGCCAUGCAGUACAGUCACUUCUCGGGGGGGGGGGGUCUCUCCCUCACGCGCGUCGCGGCGUCAAUGUGACCAGUCAUCCCCCCCCGUCUUGUCUGCCCAGGCUCACCGGUGCCGCUCAUCUUCUGCCAGACCCUGUCCUGCAGCGGUGUAUGUGAUAGAUACCACGUACGUGUGCAUAUCCGCAUGCUCAUCUCUAUCUAUCCGUCCUUUCUGGCGCCCUCCCCGGCGCCGCGCGUUUUGGACUGACACGUACUGUCCUGCUCAUUAUUCUGACGCCCAUCGCCCCUUUUUAUCCAGGGCGAGACGGGCAUCGUACGGGCCCUCCUCCCUGUUGAGCCAUUUUGCUGACAGGCAAGAACCCCUUUCGAGCCAUCUCACGUCGAAGGACAGGCGAGGAGAAAAGGGGUGGGGGGAGGGGAGGGAUUCCUUCAGAGACCAGACCGCAAGCCACCGAUUUGCUUUUUCUUUCUCUCUCUCCCCUUUGGUUCUUCCACGGGGUCUGCGCCUUGUUCGGCGAUGAUGGCAUUUGGUUCGCAUGCAUAUGCCGUCGCCCUAUCU